CAGAAGUCUUAGGAGUUGUUAAAGGUGCUACUCGGUGAAGUUUUGGGACGCAUUUGACUUGGAAAUAAAUUGUAAAAAAUUGAAAAAAUGAUGACAGCGAGAUUUGCUCUGUGCGUCCACGUAGCGCGAGCGGCCACACGGAGUUCCACGCGCGUUUUGGGACACGGACACGCGCGUAGCCUCAGCAGUGACACAGAUUUUUCUGGCAUUAAAGAACGGACUUUGGUAGCAGUGAAGCCCGAUGGCGUUCAGAGACGUCUGAUUGGUGAGGUCAUCAAGCGCUUUGAGCAGCGAGGAUUCCGAUUGGUGGGUCUGAAGAUGCUGCAGGCUUCUGACAAGCUUUUAGCUCAGCAUUACGUCUCGCUGCAGAGGAAACCCUUCUACUCCAGCCUGCUUUACUACAUGACCUCUGGCCCCAUAGUCGCCAUGGUGUGGGAGGGGCAUAAUGUAGUGAGGUCAACACGAAUGCUGGUGGGAUGCACAGACCCUGCUGAAGCCGCACCGGGAACAAUUCGAGGAGAUUUCAGUGUUCACGUCAGCAGAAAUGUGGUCCAUGCGUCUGAUUCUGUGGAGGGAGCGGAGCGGGAGAUUUCACUGUGGUUUCAUCGCUCAGAGCUCAUCGACUGGGAGGGAUGCGAUCAUAAAAACAUUUACCACAUAUGAGAGUGGGUUUAUGAUGUCUACAUGUGUUAAAUGAACUCUGAUCACUCACAGCGGGGUUGAUUUCAGCUCAAUUUCCUUAAUGGCACAUAAAAUGCUGAUUACUGUUUAUCCAGUUUUGGAAUGCAAAUGAUAUAUAAUUUUAAAAUAAUUCAAUGUAAACAGAUUGAAAUGUUAUAUUUUAUAUUAUAAAUAUUUAAAAAGAAAUUUAAAAACCUUUGGAGAAAAUACAUAUACAAAAUGUGGCCUUGAAUAUUUUCAAAUAGACUUUUAAUUUUGCUUUGAUGCACAAGUACAAUCUUAACAGUUGCUAAUUGUUUUUAAAAAGCUAUUUUUGUUCUAUUUUAACUGAACAUAAGCAUUGAUUACAUAAAUGCAGUGCCGAUCAAUAAAACUAACUUCUGUAAACAAUGUACUUUAAUGCCUUUUUUCAAUUACAAAAUAAUAAUAAUAAUAAUAAUAAUAAUAAUAAUAAUAAUAAUAAAUAAAAAUACUUGCAUUUUAGCUGAUGCUUGUCAUCCAAACCCAGUCCCUUCACUUAGGGGAAAAUGCAUUAAAAGUGCAUUAAAUAAUUAUUUAUAGACUGUUAAUUUAAUGUGACAAAGGUACAUCAAAUAAAUACUUGCUGUAAAAAAAAAAAAAAAAACCUUUU